UUUGCGCCGGAAGUGACGUCAUGCCCUGUCUGUCCUCUAGUUGACGUCGCGCGGCUGCAGCAGGCAGCGAGCAGUGUGUGCUGUGGUCUUCUGUCGUCUCGUGGCAGACCAUGGCUGGGACCCUCGCGCGUAAAGCCGUGGAUCAUCUCCGCAGUAGAGAGUUCAGAGAGUACCUCAUGAGGUCACAUUUCUGGGGUCCGGUGGCCAACUGGGGCCUGCCCAUCGCUGCCAUCAGCGACAUGAAGAAGAGUCCAGAGAUCAUCAGCGGCAGAAUGACCUUCGCGCUCACCUGCUACUCGCUGCUCUUCAUGCGCUUCGCCUACAAGGUCCAGCCCAGAAACUGGCUUCUGUUCACCUGCCACUUCACCAAUGAAGCAGCUCAGCUCGUUCAGGGCAGCAGACUCAUCAAAUACAACAUGGAGAAGAAGAUGGCCAAGUGAUAAAGGCUUAGGUGCACAACCUGUACUGCAAGCAACAUCUGGUCUGUUCCAACACAAUGAAUAAAUAAUCGUUCAUAAACAUACAUGAUUGGUUUUAUGAUGUUUCCUCUCUGUUACACAUAUAACAUUUUAUGACAAGGCUACGGUUUUUUAUGUAAUGUAGAAAUAUUUGAUUAAUAUAUUUCCAUACAUAAUGCGAUCAGUAUGUGUGUUGAAAAUGAAUAUGGAGAAAAUAAAACAUGUGAUAAUG